AUGUCUAAUGCCAAUUGUGUAGUUAAAAAUCGAAAUCCGCGUAACGGCGGAAAGGAUUAUGCAGUAAAAACUAAAUUUACUAAAAUUCCAAUCUCUCUGAAAAAACAUGGAAAAAACAAUGACGAACUAUGUUUCAAAAAAGGUGACAUUAUAACAGUUACUCAAAAGGAGGAGGGUGGAUGGUGGGAAGGCACAUUGGGUGAAACAACGGGAUGGUUCCCUAGUAACUAUGUGACAGAAUAUAAAGAUACAUCAGGAUCAUUGACUACAUCUCCCAUAAGAGCAGCAUCAGAAAUACAAGCAUUUAGAAAUGUUGUCUUAAAAGAUAUUAUAGAUUCUGAAAAAGCACAUGUGGCUGAAAUGCAAGGUCUUGUAAGCAACUUUCUGCAUCCAUUAGAGACAAGUGAAAUGCUUACAAAAGAUGAAUUUAAGCAGUUGACAGGUCCAGAUCAAAGAGUGGGGGGACUGUUUUUGCAGUGGGCACCUAGAAUUAAAGCUGUUCAUCAGACUUAUUGUGCUGGUCAUCCAAAGGCUGUGUGUAUCCUUGACAAAUACAAAGAAGAGUUAAACACUUGGAUGGAGAAUGCUGGUGCGGUAUGCCCAGGAGUACUUGUAUUAACCGCAGGCUUAUCAAAACCCUUCCGACGCCUUGGAAAAUAUCCUGCCAUGUUACAAGAGUUAGCAAGGCAUGUACAUGAAGCACAUCCAGACAGAGGUGAUACACAUAGAGCAUCUAUUGUCUUUAAGGAUAUUGCAAGUGCUUGUUCUGCAUUGAGGCGUCAAAAAGAGUUAGAACUCCAAGUGGUAACUGGUGAAGUACGGGGUUGGCCAGGUGGCGAACUUUCCUCCCUUGGGGACGUGCUGCAUAUGGGUAGUGUAGCAGUGGGCCCAUCACAUCAAGAUAGAUAUCUUGUACUUUUCCAAUCUGCUUUACUUCUAUUAUCAGUCAGCAAGAGAGUUUCGGCAUUUGUUUAUGAGGGAUGUCUUCCAUUAACAGGUAUAACGGUGUGCAAAUUAGAUGAUACAGACUCUAGAAAGAAUGCAUUUGAAAUAAGUGGACCUAUGAUAGAUACAAUAGUAGCAGUAUGUCAGACUAGGGCUGAAGCGGAUAACUGGGUUAGCUUAUUGCAAAAACAUUCUAACACAAGCAGCCCUUCUCAUGAACCUGGUCAACCACAGUCAUUACCGCAUAUGGCCAUGAGCGACAGUAGUAACGAAUUAUCAUCAGGCCUCAGCAACCACAAAAGAUCACAUUCAUUUAACAAUCACCAAAGUUACACACAACAUACGCAACAAACGCAAAAAAACAAGCACAAGAAUCAAUCUGCUCGCUGGCUCUUGAACUCCUGCGACUCCUUGGAUCAAUCACCUGUUAAAUCUAACAAAACUCCAAUAGGAAAGAAAUUUUCAUCCGUUGACUUUAUUGACACAACUGACUCUGCUCAUAUAAACAAAGGGUGGAGCAUUACAUGUUUACGCCCUGCACCACCAUUGAGACCACAAUCAUUCACGGUCGGCUCGGACGAAAACAUCGGGCCCACGCAUCCUUACGCACCACACCAACGAAAAUCUAACUCCUACGAGGAAGACGCCCUUAUUUUGAAGGUUAUCGAAGCAUAUUGUACUUCGGCGCGGUGUAGAAACGCCGUCAGUUCCGUGGACUGCGGCCACUUUUCACUUGGUAAAGUACAAUAUCAUGCACUCGCUACUAACAGCCCUAACCGUAACAAUACAAAAUUGCCGUUCAUGCUAAGGAGCGAAACGCCCGAUUACGUCGGUUGCAGCAGGUCGACUAAAGUGAAGCGUAACAAAAGUUCGUCGGCAGCGGACGCAUAUUUGUAUCGUGCACCGGAAACCCGUCGACUGCUAGCAGAUAGGAAGUUCCUGAUGAAUCGCUCGAACCCAAAUCUGUGGGAGUGUUCGGAAGAACGAGAUCAUAGACGAAGGUUACAUGAAAGCCGCGAGCGACGGAGCGGUUCACACCCAAGUCUUGCGGCUCCGCUUCAUUCAGUAGCGCCCGCUCCCGUGCCCGCUCACGCUGCACGCUCGGCCCGCUCUUCAACCUGGUGUUGCGGCAAUUUUGUUAAACAGCUCACAAAAUCACAUCAUUUUGAUUGA